UUUUUUAUUUAUCCAUGCUCGAAGAUUUAAUUAUGAAACAAGUAAUUUCUAAGCUCAGAAGGUAUAUUUAGAUAAUCGUGUCCGUGACGAUUAUCAGAGACUUUCUCCUUCACUUGUCGCGAGCCUACUGGUUUCUGAGCCCCAUUUAAGCGGCAAUGCGGGGCAGCUCAUCACCAUGGAGUGCCAUGCUUUGAGGAGGGCGAUGAUUAGAACCACGAGGGCGUAGCAAAGGAGGGAGAUCGAUCGAUCGAUCGCUGUCCGCGGCAUAAAUUAUCCGACGGAUCGGAGGGACCAGUUGAAUGCCGUUCAAAGAGUUCUUCGCUACUAUUCGCCAAGUAGUUUUGCGUUGAAGGAGAAGAGUAUGAGCGCGCAGCGGAGGAGGAGCAGCUCCUUCAUCGGCCUAGCUGGAUGCGGCUGCCGGAACUCCAAAUCGGUGGCGGUCUCGUCGUCGAGCUCCGACGCGAAAUCUACGAUUGCAGCGGCGGCGGCGGCUCCGGCACAGCAGAGGGCACGUGAGGCGACGUCGUCGGGGGAGACUCUCACGAUGACCUCGCCCUCCACCUCCUCCUACUGGGAUCCAGAGAUCAAGGUGGUGGAGAGCUCCGCCAGCACGCCGAGCGUCUCCGGCCUACUCCGCCAACUCAGCGAUCUAGAGCAGGACGUGGCGUCCUGGGCGCAGUGCACUCCGCCGCCGCAGCGGAAGCGGCAGCACAAGCGUAGCUUCAGUGAGGGUGGCGGGCGGCGGGUGGAGGAGGAAAGCGUGGCUGUGGUGAGGGAGACAAAGGACCCGCUGGGUGAGUUUCGGAGGUCGAUGCUGCAGAUGAUCGUGGAGAAAGAGAUUGUCGACAGCGAGGAGCUACAGGAGCUUCUCCGCCGGUUGCUCACGCUCAACGCGCCGCAGCACCACACCACCAUCCUCCAGGCCUUUGCGGAGAUAUGGGAGGAAGUGUUCGCCGGCUACCAGCACACUCCGAAGCUCCUCCACAGAGCCACCGCCCCGAGACUUGCAGCUCCCCGGCGAGCCUAAUGUCAUACUAAAUUUACAUUCUCUGAAGAAAUUUAACUGUUCGAAGGAUUUCUUACAAGCCAAUGUGUCGAUCACAUGCAGAGAAUACUUGUUUCAGUUAAAGGAAUGAAUAGGGAAGUGAUGUGAAUCUAUUUUGCAGAGAC